AUGAAACGAAAAUCCAAGAAGGAAGAAGAUUCAUCAUCGGAAAGUGAACAAGAUAGUAGCUCGUCUUCAUCUUAUUAUUCUUCAUCGGAUGAUGAGCAAGAAGUUAAAAAGAGAAAAUCCGAACAGAAUGCUCCUCAACAAAUGCCCAUUCCAACUGUCGGAGGGCAUGAGGAUGAAGAUGAGGAAGAUGAUUACGGACCAACGAUACCAAACAAUUUUCAAAACAACAAUAAUACAGGACAACCGCAGCCAAUUAUUCAGAAUAAUACAAAUCAAGAUGAUGAUGAAGAAGAUGAGGAUUAUGGACCAAUGAUUCCUACUAGCUUACCUAACAACGAGCCGCUUCCCUCUGAUCAAAAUUUAGAUUCCAUUGCUUCAGUAUAUCCAAUGUCGGAAACAAAGUUGGAGCCCACGCAAAAUUUAAAAUUUGAGCAUACAGCAAGUACAGCACUUGGAAAAUCACAAAAACUUUCAAAAGAAGAGAAAGUUGAUCAAUUGCAUUUACAACAACUACCUGAAGGAUUAAUGUAUGAAUGGUCUUACAUGCAUCGAGACCAUGUGUGUUUUGUUUUGGUGGCACCUCCAGCAAAAGCCACUGCCAUUGGAUCAUCACAAAGCUCUUGUUUUUUCAUUAUUACCAUGUCAAGAGAUGGUCAUGUUAAAUUUUGGAGAAAGACAAUGGAUAAUAUUGAAUUUGUGAAACAUUUUGUGGCACACAAAACUUCAGUUAUGGGUCCUCUAACAUAUGGUACCAUGUCAUCAGAUGGCCUGUUGUGCGCUAGCAUGUCUAGAUAUGACUUGAAGAUUUAUGAUGUGACAAACUUUGACAUGAUUAAUGUAUUUAGCUUCGCCAAAGACGUUACAUCAACAGGAGCUGCAUCCUCAUCGUUGAAUGAUGCAACAUCAUCUAAACGCCAAUUGCACAUGUGUUGUUUUGUGUCGAAAAAACAAGGUAGUGCUAAAGAUACUCUGCUUGGCGUUUAUUUUGAGGAUGGAGCCAUUGAGUUUUAUGAUCCCAUUGAUCCAGACUCAUCCAUGAAGCCUCCCGUUUACAAGUAUAAUGUUUCUGGAUCUGUUAUGAUUCAUCGAUCAUCCGUUACAUGCUGCAAAUAUAAUUCGGUAUUUGGAGUCAUGAUUAGUUGUGACGAGAAGGGAAUGGUCGAGUAUUGGAAUCCUCACACUGGAAAGUUUCCAACCCUAGAAGAAAGCUCUAGCUACAUGAACCUGGCCAAAGGCCACUCUAGUAAUUUAUUCACAUUCAAGUACAAGUCUGAAACUUCUCUCUUUGAGUUGGCUAAGGCAAAAACCUAUGCAAUCAGCAUUGACAUUUCUGAGGAUGGAAAGAAGUUUGCUGUCUUGUGCCGAGAUGGCCACAUUCGAGUCUUUAAUUUUCUUUCUGGAAAGUUAAUUAAGGAUUAUGAUGAAACAUUACAAUUUCAAGAAAAUCUACAAAAAGCAGCAACCAAUCCAAAUUUCAUUCGCCACUUGGAAGAAGCUGCUACUUCUUCACCUGAAUCAUCUCAAUUUCCUUCUGACGAGAUUACUAAAUCUAAAGAUUUGUUAACAAAAGUGAGACAAGAAACAAACGAUAUAGAAAUGUAUGCUUUGGAAAACUUUGAUUUUGGUCGUCGAGUUGCCAUAGAACAUGAAAUUGAGCAAUUGAUCGAUAGCAAACAUUCAUCGAACAAACAAACAGCGAAUGCAUCUUUACGAGACUAUCACGCUACACCUAAUAUUCUUUUUGACGAAAGUUCUAGCUUUAUAAUUUAUCCGACAAUAUUUGGAAUCAAGAUUAGAAAUUUGAGAACCGAUCAUGUCGAACGAUUACUAGGAAAAGUUGAAAGCACUGAACGAUUUCUCCAUAUUGGACUCUUCCAAGCCAUUAUAAAAAUGUCCAGAGCAGAGCUUUCAAAAAUCAACAAUGCCAAGAAAUCAGAAGGGUCUGCAGUUUCCCAAAUAUUCACCAUGUCAGAUUCUGGAGAUGAUACCAGCGGCCCAAAGCUUGAAUAUUUCGAUCCCACUCUAUUUUGUUCAGCCUACAAGAAGAAUCGUUUCUAUCUAUUCACUAAACGAGAACCCUCUGAAGAUGAAGAGUUGACCAGUUCUGUUCACAAACGAUAUGCCUACAUUACUUCCAGUGUCACCUUUGGAAGAGACAUUUUCAACGAGAAGCCAUCGAAAGAAGAAAUGGAAAUUGCUAAUGCGAUUGGAGAGGCCUCAUCAUCGGUGGCAAGCAAGCAAAAGGUCGGCAAGAUGGCCAAAAUCGCCACCAUUCACACCUCGUUUGGAGACAUACAAGUUCGAUUAUUCCCUGAUGUCUGUCCAAAAGCAGUCGAAAACUUUACACAGCUCUCCCUUAAUGGAUAUUAUGAUGGUUGUAUCUUCCAUCGUGUAAUUAAGAACUUUAUGAUACAAACUGGUGACAAUGACAAUCGUGACGGUACAGGAGGAACUUCCAUCUUUGGUAAAGAAUUCGAAGAUGAAUUUUCUCCAAGUUUGAGACACGAUCGUCCAGGCAAGCUCUCCAUGGCCAAUUGUGGACCCAAUACCAAUAGUUCUCAAUUCUUUAUCACGACUGUACCAACACCAUGGCUCGAUGAUAAGCACACACUUUUUGGAGAAGUGAUCAAAGGAAUGGAAGUAGCUCACUCGAUUGAGAAUGUUCCAACCGAUGAGAAUGAUCGACCUAUUGUGAAGAAUGUGAAUGCACCAAACAUGCAAAACAAACGACAAAAGAAGAAUUUAUUGGAUAUUGUCAUUUCGAAUAUUGACAUUGAUGAAUUUUUGUAA